UCUGUCUGGUUUGCCUUCAAGCUCACGCACAUGACAUAGACAAUGUGCCUUGUCGAUACCUCGUCAGGCUGAUCUCCCAUACCUAGUUUUUCACUUGCUACCAUUUGGAGAUACAGAAAAGUAGGUGUUGCAGCCGCAGUACAUCAGUAGAGCAUCACUGCCGGUACGACGCAGGACCACACCACAGAUCGCUGCUGCACGUAGAGAUGCCUGCUGUGGAAAAAAACGGCGGCGGCAGCAAGGCGGACAACAGCCCUCGGGUACUAUUCCGCGAUGCGGAGGACUUCGAGCGAAAGUGGCAGCGGAUAGUGGCAGGCGGCGUCGACCGCUUGCAAAUCAUAUCAGACUUCGACUUUACCUUGACGAAGUUUUGGGUGAACGGCAAGAGGGGCGACUCCUGCCACGCCGUGAUCGAUGGGAGCGGGUUGUUGGGGGAGGGUUUCCACAAGAGAACCUGGGAGCUAAGGAACCACUACUAUCCGCUAGAGGUGGCUCCGGACCUUUCGCCAGAGAUGCGACUGGAGAUGAUGGUGGAGUGGGUCACCAAAGCUCAUGACGCGAUGGUGGCGGCUGGCAUAACCAAGGACAUACUGUCGGCCGCGGUGUCGAAGGCCAACCUCCUCUUUAGGCCCGGCCACGGCGAGCUCCUCCGCUGGGUGGACAAGCACGGGGUCCCGUUCCUCAUGUUCAGCGCAGGCAUCGCUGACGUCCUAGAGGAAGCAUUUCGACAGCAUUCGGCGGAGCCCCUGCCGUCCACGAGCCGCGUAAUCUCCAACAGGAUGGCUUUCGAUGAGGACGGGAACAUGACCGGCUUUGUGGGGGAGUGCUUCCACGUGUUCAACAAGCAUGCCUCUGCUUCCGCAGUGAAACCCUACUUUGAAACGGACGAGAUGCGAUGUAGGAGUAACGUUCUGCUGCUAGGGGAUAGUCUAGGAGAUCUCAACAUGGCCAAGGGCCUUCGCGCGGAGGAGACUCUGACCGUCGGGUUUCUCAACGAUAAGGUCGAGGAACGGGCGGAUGCCUACUUGAAGGCGUACGAUGUCGUCAUCCUCGGCGAUGGGAGUUUUGACUUUGUUCUCGAGCUUUUGGAACAAGUGGCCUCCAAAUAGAUACUUCUAAACAAUUGUUCAGGUGGCGGUUUCACUAUUGUUGAGUAUUUACGGAAGAAAUUUGGUACCGCGGGAAUUCAGACGGUUCAGCUGGAGGAGGUAGAUAGGUCCUUUCGGGACUCUGGCCAGGAGGCCAGCGCUCGGCGAUAGCGGAUUUGCUUCCCAUCACGUCGAGGUGUCGAGGAAGAGGUGGCCUCCGAAUAGACUGCUGUUCCCUUGAUUGAUGUCUCGUUGUGCUGGCCCGUCGAAGGAAGAGUAGCCUUCGUUCGAAGGUUUCGGGGAAGUUGGGUUAGGAUUAAGGUUAGGAAUAGGGUCUGCGCCCCCUCCCUGUUUUUCAACAAAAUUUUAUCGCGCGAAGAAGGCCGUCCCGAAGGACGCGGUUGAUUUUGUUUUAUUGUGUUGUCUUCGCGUGAUAUUCUUCGGGUGAUGCGCCCGAGUACGAGGAAAAAUUGGCGUUUUAUGUAUCGACAAGAUGACAGAGCUGCCUUUUGACUGUCCGGUGGGUCUGAUGAUGACGCGGAAAGAAGCAUCGAUUGCUCGAUGGUGAUGGAUUUGAAUCCCGACAACAGCAGUAUCUCAGGUCAUG